CCCGCCGAGCUCAGCUCAACCCAGACCAUCCUCGCAGUAGUCCUCCCCCCAGCAACGCACGCACGAACAAGCUUUGCUACGAGAAGCAGCAGCAACGCUACGCUACGCACCAUGGCCGCCCGCGCCGGCUUCUUCUUCGACGCCGAGCCGCUCGGCGCGCCCGGCGUGCCGGCGCUGGACGCGUGUGCGCUCUGCGCCAAGCGGCUGGGGCGCGACAGCGACGUCUUCAUGUACAGAGGGGACACGCCCUUCUGCAGCGAGGACUGCCGCGGCGAGCAGAUGCAAAUCGACGCCGCCCGCGCGAGGAACGCCGCCAGGUCCGCCGGCCGGAGGCAGCAGCAGCAGUACUCGUCAGGGACGGGCUCCGCUAGUAGGGGCCAGGACUCCGGGAAGGUGUCCGUGGCGAGCUGACCAUCAGCUAGAAGGAUGGAGCGCUAGCUAGCUUGCUGAUCUGUUCCAGCUUCUUCCGGAAGAUCCGGAGAACCGCGCCCGGUCUGAUGGCACAAAAUAUGAGAGGAACUCCAGUUCUCCGUCAUGAUCUGUCGGGCAUGCCGACUGCCGAGCCAGCCUGAAUCGUAAAUUUUGAACUGUUCUUUGCUGCAGACUUCGCCAAAUCCGAGCCGCACACGACGCCGGUGCGAGUUUGAGGCUUUGAGCCACAUUGUAAACACCUCCUUGUAAACUGAAGCAUAUUCCCGAAGUUCUGUUUCAAAUACCGAGCAAUUUCUU